AUGGCCCAAGCCUCACCGACGCUGACCGCCUACAAAAAACACCUUCUAACAGAGAUGAAAAUCCGGUGCUCAAUCUGGCUUGAUCGCGCGAAAACUUUACGCGGGGAAGUAUUCUACCUGCUCUAUGGUAUUCCGGAGGCGUCUGCCAUAUCCCGGCAACAGGAUUUCAAGACCAGCUUUUACGGCUUAUUUCGCGCUUCAUGUGUCGAUUUAAGUCAUCAAACGCGCUGCCCGCAACUGGUGGUUCCUUCCUUUGGGCCAAGGGGGACUGGGUUUGGCGCCUAUUCAAUUCACGAAUCGUAG